UCACAGAAAUGAAUUCAACACAUAUUCACAAAGAAAACAGCUGUUUUAAAGCUAUUCUUACUGUAUUUUUGAUCAAAUGCAGCUAAACCGAUGUCUUCGGGUCUUAUCUGCUCCGUCUUCAGGGAGUAUUAAUGGACGAGUGUUUCAGGUGUUACAGACACUGCUGUGUUUCAGAGUAAUGUUUGUGUAUAAAAACACUCUUCUGAGACUGAAGCAUUGCUGUGGAGACUCAAACACUCAGAUCUCCUGAGACUCAUUAAACAAAUCAUUACAAACACAAGUGACGAAGCUCAGGAUCAGAUCUGAAGUUCGCUGCUUGAGGAUGGCUGUGGAUUUCAGUGGAAGCUGGAAACUCUUUGAGCAGGAGAACGCAGAGGAGUUCCUCAGAGCCGUCUCCGCUCCAACGAUUUACAUCAAAAUGAUGAAUGAAGUCAAACCUCUGACCACCAUUCAGCAAAACGGAGAUGAGUUCAUCAUCUGUGUGAAAACUCCUCUGAGGAGCAACACAAACAUCUUCACCAUCGGCACUGAGAGCGAGUUCAACACCAUGGACGGGCAGAAGAUCAAGGCCACAGCUCGACUCAUCGACGGGAAGAUUGUGAUCGAAUCUGAGAAGUUCACACACGUGAGAGAGAUCCAGGGCGAGGAGAUGAUCGAGACGUUCUCUGCCGGAAGCGCUACUCUCAUCAGGAGGAGCAGACGAGUUUAAGAACUGAAGAAAUUUAAGCUUUUAC